AUGGUAUUACGCACUACUCCGAAAUCAAAGUAGAGUGGCGAGAUGGAUUUGAUUAUUAAUUUAUUAAUGAAUCCUCUUCAAAAAAUAUAUCUGCAAGCUUUGAUUAACCAAUCUCAUCAAGAAUCUUCAUAACAAGUGAAACAAGAAGAAUAUUGUUAGAAAGAAAAUGUUUAAGUAUUUAAAUUCAAUAUCUGUUUAGUAUUUACAGAAACAGUAACUUUUAUAGAUAAUUCAACAAUGUUAAACCUAAAACUAGCCAACUUAACAAGUCUCGUAAUAUUUUAUAAUAAUCAAAAAGCAAGCCUUCAACUUUAAUUGAGGUUCAAAAUCAAGUUACCUCAUACUUUUAGUAAAUCAUUCUUCAGAAACAGACCAUCAAUUUAACAAAUGUCUUAGAAGUUCAAUUGCCAUAUUUUAUGAUAAUCAUGAGCAACCUCAUAAUAUAUGGAUUAGAGAAUUGUCAAGCAGACAAAUAAAUUGUAGCAGAUUUGGUGGCUUCUUAUAAAGACAACCCAUUAAAGAUAUCAAUGAGCUAUUCUCUAUUCUAGACAGUAGCCCUCCUUUUCCGUUCAGAAGUCAUCAUUUAUGAUCAAAGUUUUACAAUAUUAUUAUAUUAGGCACAAAAUAUCUUGCAAAUUUCUUGCUUUUUCGAGAUGACUUUUGCGAUAUUUUUUUCAAAGCUCUCUAUAGUUAUAAAAUAUCGUAAGGAUAGACAGUAAGUCAGCAGAUUGGAUUUACUUAAAUACAUCAGAUGAUAAAGAAGUAACAAGAUGAAGUGUGGACAACAUUCACAUUCAAAAUGCUAAGUCAAUAACAACAGAAGCUAUCUAAAGAUUAAUUUUUAUUGUAAUUCAAUCAAUACACGCAAUAAUUGAAUAACUUUUUCAAUAAAAGCAACUUAAUAAUGGAUCUAGUUGCAUAAAGUGUUAAAUAGACAGCUAAAUUACAUAAUGAUCAGAUAUUCUAGGAAGUAUUUAUUUCAGAUAACCAUCUAGUAUUUACUAAUUAUGGGUAGUUUUAAAGCUACAACUUAAGAUUUCUUAAAAAGAGCAACUUAAUUAUUUUUUGAAGAGACUCAAGAAUUAGAUUUACUGUAAUUUAGUUCAAAUACAAUCAAAGUUCAUAAGUAAAUGAAUAGUUAGAUCCUAUUCAUGUUGCCUAUGCUUUUGCAAUUAGAAAGUUAAUAUCUAGAACAUAUCAUAAAAAAUGGAUUUUCUGAAAUGCAACUCAAGAAUAGUUCGAAUUACUAUUUGAAAAUGAUUGAGAAACUUAAAAACAAGUGUGUUUAUAAUGGCGAGGAGGAAUGCAAUUGUAAAAAGUGCUAGUGGUAAACUAUAUCAUUAAUCUGUGUAGCAUAAGAAGAAAUAGAAAUUCUGCAAAAGAAUCAUAAAAAAAGAAGAGAGAAGCAUUGGAAAAAAUAGGACCAUUAUAGGAUGAAUUUAAUAAACUAUAAAAAAAAGUAAGAUUAUAUAAUAAUAUCAGGUUAAACAUUUAGAAACUGAAAAUUAAUAUAUGACAACUUUGAUACUAGAAGUAUUCAAACACCCAUCUGUUGAAAAGAUAGCCUCUUAAUUUCUCGAGCCUCUAGCUAAGAUAAUAGCAGAUUCAGAGUCUAUGGAGGAAUGUUGA